CACCGUCGAAGCCGUCACCGCUGAAAUUUAACUGUAUUUUCUUGUCGUGACGAGAACGCUUUUUUUCGGGCUAAUUUUGUGCGAAAAUUUUUAUAUUUUCUUAUUCUACAAGUAGGUUCAAGAAUGACAACUUUCAACGCAUCUUCAGUUCUUAUGCCGUUGGAUGAGUACUACAAGCAAUGCGUAGAACCGAAGCCUAUUACUCUUAGACGCUCUUCAUACACCUACGGUAACAAUCCCCGCCGCCAGGCUGGGCAUUUGCGCAGCUAUAAAGAUUUGGAUUUCCCAGAAGAGGAGGAGGAUGAUGAUGAGCCUGUUUCGAUUCACACGACGCGCUCUGAGAGCUUGGACGAUAUUUUUGCGUCCAACGAAGAGGAUCCCAACAUAAACCAAAUAAAUUUUGAAAUGAAAGAUUUUGACAAGUUGUACUCCGAGGAAACUGGGACCUCAUCAGAAUUCGCACCUAACUCUGCUCAGGGCAGUGACAAUAGCUCGCGAUCCAACGUUAAAUCACGUCUUGAUCUCAGAGCCGAGUCACGUUCAAUCCAUUACAACCGGAGACCGCGAAACCACCAAAACUGGAAUAACGGCCAACAAUACCGCGGCGGCGGCUAUCGUGUCCAGAGGCCUUCAAUGGGAAACGCUUCAAUGGAGCAGCGGAUGCGCAAUGCUUACAAUGCAUUCUCCAAUAAUCCGGAGCCGCGGAAUGAUACCCAGAUAACUGUAAAGCAUCCCAAAAUCAUCUAUCCCAACCAGGCAGCUUCUGAAACCAGCCCACAGAAAAACUCUGUUUACUCACAGGUCAAUUAUGUCUCCGGACCGAACAUUCCGGACCAGCGUGCCAACAAUGUGGGAAAUUCCUCAUUUCCUCAGCCAGGAAUGUUUGGCCAAGGAUGCAGCGGAAAUCAGCAACCCACUGAGCCGAAAACCGAAAAGAAAAUCGAAGUUUUGGGUGACCUUAUUGGAAUGAAUCCGACCGAAAAUUCAAACUUUAACGCACGCGAGGUGGCUCGGAACGUUCUUCUAUUUUUGAACACCGUUUCUGCGAACGAACAACAAGGACCGUCCCAGAGACCGAACUGGAUGGCCGGAAAUCAUCGUUUUAACUAAAAUUUC